CGAAAUACGUUCCACAACUUUUUUUAGUUUUAAUUUUAAUCACUUGCACGCAACCCUAUAUAGGAAAUUUUCGGCAUAAACAAUUGAUUUGCAAAGUCCAUCCGAUAAUUUAAACAAAUAAAAUAAUUAUUAAUUGAUUGAACAUUAUGUCUUUCGGUGGCGAUUAUCCUGGUGGUUAUAAUCCUUACUCUGCCCCGCCCGGUGCCUAUCCGCCACAGAAUGCCCAAGUUUCGCCACAGGCACAGCAAUGGUUCAAUAUGGUCGACCGCGAUCGUUCAGGAAAAAUAAAUUCCACUGAAUUGAAAGCAGCACUGGUGAAUGGACGUGGUGAAAACUUUUCAGAUAAUGCUUGCAAGUUAAUGAUUAGCAUGUUCGAUAAGGACGCUAGCGGUACUAUUGACAUUUAUGAAUUCGAAAAGCUUUACGAGUACAUAAACCAAUGGUUAAUGGUAUUUAAAACCUAUGAUCGCGAUGGCAGCGGCCACAUAGAUGAAAAUGAAUUAACUCAAGCAUUCACCCAGAUGGGCUUCAGAUUCACACCAGAUUUUAUACAAUUUUUGGUUAAAAAGAGUGAUCCAAGAGAGCAUAGAGAAGUCUCCGUUGAUCAAUUUAUUGUACUUUGUGUGCAAAUUCAACGCUUUACUGAGGCAUUUAGGCAACGUGACUCGCAACAAAACGGCACGAUAACAAUCGGGUUUGAGGAUUUCCUUAGUAUUGCUAUUGGAUGUUCCUAUUGAAAAUAAGUGAAAGUUAAACAGUACAAAUCUCAACACAGUCCGUGUAAUAUAUUCCGGAAAGUAUGUGUCAUUCCGUAAAGCCCUUGAAUAAACCAACAUAAAAAUACAGAUAAUGAACAACAUUUUUAUUAAUCUCAUUAAAUGCACGUUGUUAAUCCAAUAAUUUUAAAUAGAUAAAACUGUGUAUGUAUUAUUUUAUGUAUACCUUUGCCUUGUAACUUAUAAACAGUGUGUUUGUAAAUACUAUUAAAUCAGCUAGAAGCAA